AAUAGAGUUAGGGAACAGCACUCACUCGCUUAGUCAGCACUUGCUAGCUCACCAAGGAUUAAUGACAUCUAUUAUCCAGGUCUCGGACCAACUCUCAUGGAUGAUUUGACUGUCGAAGAUGAGAAGAAGCCUUUCGAGGCCGAACAAAACGAUGAAGACACUCAGCCAGAUCCUGAUGAGGAGCUAAUGUUGGACAAGGGAAACGGGAGAGUAUGGCUUGUCAAGAUACCAAAACAUCUCAUGGCCCGUUGGGCGGCCACUGAUGCAGAGGAUGUCCAUCUUGCCACAAUCCGGGUGUACAAAAAUGCCGUCAGUCCAUCUGGUCGAUCCCCUCGCAUCUUCUUGUUCUUGCCGCCUGACCCGAAUGACCCGACCCCACGAGAUCUGAGCCUGCCGGUAUUUUCUCCGGACGCAGCUUUUAUACCUUCUGUUGAGGGGGGCAUGCAAGUAGACAGAUAUGAACUUGAAAUGGUCAACGAGGACGUUGAGAAUCAGCUGGUAGUCGCAGAACGUCCCAAAGACCCUGGGCCUUCUGGACCAAACUCCGCCUCAUAUAAUCCUCGAGCUAGAACGACCAUUCUAACUGGCCGCAUCAAACAUGAAUGUAAUUUGCGCCCUCUUUUCAACGAGUCAUACAGGCAACAAAUGCGCGAACGAACUCGAAAAUAUAACACCCCACGAAGGCAGAUCCGUAUGAUAGAAGAUGCUGGUGUUAGCCGCGGAGGAAUUAACAGGUUGAGCAGUGGAGUCAACUCAGGGUCGUUUGCGAAUAUGAUUAAAUUUCGACCCAAACCUGCCAAGGGCACAUUUGAGCGUAUGGCGCGUAUGCCACGCAACCAACUCUUGGAUCUUCUUUUUACACUCUUUCGCGAGCAACCCCGGUGGAGCAUUAAGCCACUACGCGAGCGCACCCAGCAGCCUGAGGCAUAUCUUAAAGAGGUCCUUCUUGCUAUUGCUACCUUGAAUCGGAGCGGAGAGUACAACGGAAUGUGGGAGCUGAACGAUGUGUUCGCCAAAGAUGGGAUGAAAUCUGAAAAUGUCCCUGGACCAAGUUCGCUUCCAGAAGGGGUCUCCGGUGAUAUGGGGAUUGAUGAGUAUGACGAGGACGAAGACGAGGAUGACGACAUGGAGGAAGUUUCAUAGCUAAUUUCAUAUUGAUAGGCCGAAUCUCCGCUAUCGCUUGUGGAGCUCGACAAACAAAAGGGCCCUGUUUGUUACGAUACUUGAGCGCACGAAGUAUUUCAGCAUGGCCACUCGUCCGACGCUCUACCUGACACAAUUGUAGUCCUGUUGCCAUGCCUGAAAACCAUCGUCGCAUUCCAGCAGCUGUAAAACAGCAAUGGGCGAGUGUGUCUGCCCAUAUGUCAUCUAGUGCCAUAGCACGUUCCGAUCUGCUCUCAGUAGCGCUCUCGCUGUUCCUCUUUAUUAAGAGCAGGACUUUGGGAAUAAUUAGACUCAGGCAUGAGAUUGUUAGGGAUCCUGCACUCGACCAACAA